ACGUUGCUCAUCGAAACAAACAUGGCAGCGCUGGUGCUGCACACCGUGCGAAGGUUGCUGUUCAUUUGAAAGGUUGUCACAAAAGAACCGUAAACAUGCUCAGCCUGACAGUGAGGGAGGUGUCUUUGGCGCUCCGAGAGGGAAGAAUCUCCCCAACAGAGCUUUGUAGGAAGUGUCUGAACCGGAUCAAGAAAACACAACAUCUUAAUGCCUACAUCACGGUGACAGAGGAGCUGGCGCUGAAGCAGGCUCAAGAAGCAGAAACCAGACUGCUGCAAGGUGCCCCCAGAGGUCCUCUGGAUGGAAUUCCUUUUGCAGUCAAGGACAACUUCUGCACAGAGAAUAUCAAGACCACAUGUGCUUCCAGGAUGCUGAAAGAUUACACUCCACCCUACAAUGCUACAGUGGUCCAGAAGCUCUUGGACCAAGGGGCUGUUCUCAUGGGGAAGACCAACAUGGAUGAGUUUGCUAUGGGUUCAGGCAGUACUGACGGGGCUUUCGGUCCAGUGAGAAACCCCUGGAGCUAUGCUGCUCCCUACAGAGAGCAGACAGAGGCAGCUCCAGACUCUGACUGGGUCGUCACUGGAGGAAGUUCAGGAGGAAGUGCUGCAGCUGUGGCCUCGCUCACCAGCUACCUGGCUUUGGGUUCAGACACAGGUGGUUCUACUCGUAACCCAGGAGCAUUGUGUGGUGUUGUGGCCCUGAAGCCCACUUACGGUCUGCUGUCCAGACAUGGUCUCAUCCCCCUGGUCAACUCCAUGGACGUCCCCGGGAUUAUGACACGCAGCGUCGGUGAUGCAGCCACCGUCUUAGGUAUCCUCCAAGGCCUUGAUGUUAAAGACUCAACAACAGUUCCUGCACCUUCAUCACCGACAGAGCUACCUGAAGACUUUAAUGUAAAGAAUAUCUGUGUAGGCAUCCCCAAGGCCAUCGUAGUGCAGUGGACAGCUCGACGGAGGCCAUGUACGCCUCGACCCGACACGAGGGCUUCAACGACGUAGUGAGGGGGAGAAUACUGUCUGGGAACUACUUCCUGCUUAAACAGAACUACGAGCACUACAUCGAAAAGGCUCAGAAAGUCCGCCGGCUGAUCGCAGAUGAUUUCAAGCGCGUGUUCAGCUCAGGUGUGGACGUGCUGCUGACACCCACCACUCUGACUGAUGCGGCCCGUUACUCUGACUUUACACAGGAAGACAACCGAACACGCAGUGCACAGGAAGACAUCUUCACCCAGCCCGUCAACAUGGCAGGUCUCCCCGCUGUUUCUGUGCCAACCGCUUUAUCAAGACAGGGCCUUCCCAUUGGUUUACAGCUUAUCGGCCCGGCCCUCCAAGACAAGAAGCUGCUCAGUGUUGCCCAGUGGAUGGAGCAGAGGGUUGGGUUUCCCUCCAUCAAUGACUAUGGAGACUCUAGCGAGAGCAGGAAUGACAAUGGAAUGACCAAAAGGGAGCAGACUUCAGCUAUAUGAGGAGAACUGUGGACACAAGUAACCAACUGUUGACAGAGUCACUAAAUACAGGCACAAAUGGUGAACUAUGCAGCUAUAAUGGACAUUCUUAGCUCUUGAGGUGCCUUUUCAGGACAUUUUUCUUGCAGUUUCAGCCAUCAGUCCACUGCUAUAGCUUUAAGUUUCCCCGAUGGGAUGAAACAUAAAUACAACAAGUAAUAAACUCAAUGUUUUAAACCGCACAUCAUAUUUUAAGGCCAGGGACAUUGUGUUCAUUCUGUGACCUGCUGAUGUAUUUGUGGUCUGAAGGUGCUUUUAAAUAAAGCCAUGUUCGGUCAUUCAUUUUGACAGUGA